CUCUUUUCUUUGCUUGCUCUUUUCACUGCUUGUGUUUUACUAUCUAUACUUCUAGUAUAACCUCCUAGUACACCUUUGAUUAGACACAGUCUUCCAAAAAGAUCAACCAUACCCUGGAUUAAUCCCGUUUUCCAUUUCGACUCAUCUUCACCGCCAAAUCUUUCUCCGCCAAUCGCAAUGGAAGCCCUUUCAAGAAGAGAAGAGAAUGAAAUUCACGAAGCAGCCAAGAAGGAGGCUCUAAGGUCCUGUGACGAUUAUGUCAAAGAUUUUGCCGAUUGUGCUACCGGUCGGACGUUCUCUUUGCCUUUCAUGUGCAAAACUAGGCUCAAUGCGAUGCAGGGGUGUAUGCGAGACUACAUGACGCAAGAAAGGAUGGACGCUAUGAAGCUUGACUUCAUUGCUCACCGAUCAGAAAAGGGAAGAGAGGCCGUUGAAGCUUUGAGAAAGAGCAGAGAAGAAAAAUUGAGGAAAAUGGCGGGUAUCAAGGAUGAACCAGCCAGAAUAUGAGGUGAUGAAGCAGCGAUGGGAAUGGCCUAGAGGUCCGGGUAUCUUCCUUGCUCAUUGUUGUCAAAGUCUACUACUUGCAUGGAGGCGAUGCUCCACUCAGUGAAUCAGGAAGAAGUAUAGGCUGGAUUUGAAGCUUAGGAUCACAAAAAAUUAGCGAGCUACGUCCAAGUGCGAUAUGGAAAUUCACACAAUCUUUCCCCUGUAACGGUCUAUGCUCUUUGCAGUCUGUCCAACACACAACUAUUUUCAAAUAUGAUGGGCGUACUUGGUCGCGAUAAUAACCACCAGACUCACAAUUUCGUCGAAAAUCAUCAGACCAUAGCUUGAAACAUCAUAUCAUGAUAAUACAUUAAGUACUGACACUGUUGAAG